GAAGACGUUCCGCUUUGAAAUGCAGCGGGAUUUGCUGAGUUUCCCGCUGUCUCCAGCGGUGCGGGCAAAGUUGGUGUCUGCGGGUUUCCAGACUGCUGAGGAACUCCUGGAGGUGAAACCCUCCGAGCUUAGCAAAGAAGUUGGGAUAUCUAAAGAGGAAGCCUUAGAAACUCUGCAAAUUAUAAGAAGAGAAUGUCUCACAAAUAAACCAAGAUAUGCUGGUACAUCUGAGUCAGGAAAGAAGUGUACAGCACUGGAACUUCUUGAACAGGAGCAUACCCAGGGCUCCAUAAUUACCUUCUGUUCAGCACUAGAUAAUAUUCUUGGGGGUGGAGUACCCUUAAUGAAAAUGACAGAAAUUUGUGGUGCACCAGGCAUUGGAAAAACACAGUUAUGUAUGCAGUUGGCAGUAGAUGUGCAGAUACCAGAAUGUUUUGGAGGAGUGGCAGGUGAAGCAGUUUUUAUUGAUACAGAGGGAAGUUUUAUGGUUGAUAGAGUGGUAGACCUUGCUACUGCCUGCAUUCAGCACCUUCAGCUUAUAGCAGAAAAACACAAGGGAGAGGAACACCGAAAAGCUUUGGAGGAUUUCACUCUUGAAAAUAUUCUUUCCCAUAUUUAUUAUUUUCGCUGUCGUGACUACACAGAGUUACUGGCACAAGUUUAUCUUCUUCCAGCUUUUCUUUCAGAACAGUCAAAGGUUCGGUUGGUGAUAGUGGAUGGCAUUGCUUUUCCAUUUCGUCAUGACCUAGAUGACCUGUCUCUUUGUACUCGGUUAUUAAAUGGCCUAGCCCAGCAAAUGAUCAGUCUUGCAAAUAAUCACAGAUUAGCUGUAAUUUUAACCAAUCAGAUGACAACAAAGAUUGAUAAAAAUCAGGCCUUGCUCAUUCCUGCAUUAGGGGAAAGUUGGGGACAUGCUGCUACAAUACCGCUAAUCUUUCAUUGGGACCGAAAGCAGAGGUUGGCAACAUUGUACAAGUCACCCAGCCAGAAGGAUUCCACAGUACUGUUUCAAACCACACCUCAGGGAUUUAGAGAUACUGUUACUACUUCUGCAUGUUCAUUGCAGACAGAAGAUUCCUUGAAUACCCGGAAACGGUCAUGAGACACAGAGGAAGAAUUAUAACCCAGAAACAAAUCUCCAAGUAUGUAAAUUUACUGAUGCUGUGAAAUCAAUGUGUACAAGUAGACUUUUUACUUUAAGAUAUAAAUAAACACUAGGGCA